AUGGUGGCGGCGCCUGCCCGUGCGGGCAUCCAGAGCUACUAUGAUGCGAACAUCUUGGAGCUGGAGUCCACCAUCAAAGAGCGCAAGAUGAACAAGAGGCGGCUGGAGGCUCAGCGAAACGAGCUGAACGGCCGGGUGCGCCUCCUGCGCGAGGAGCUGCACAUGCUGCUGGAGCCCGCCUCGAAUUGCGGCGAGGUGAUCAAGGCCAUGGGCAAGCAGAAGGUGCUGGUGAAGGUGGGCCAGGAGGGCAAAUACGUAGUGGACAUCGACAAGGAGAUCUCGAUCGAUGAUUGCAAGCCCAACGCUCGAAUCGCCCUCCGCAGUGACAGCUACGUCUUGCACAAGAUUCUCCCGAGCAAGGUCGACCCUCUGGUGCAGCUUAUGCGCGUCGAGAAGACGCCAGACAGCACUUACGAGAUGGUGGGCGGGGUGGACAAGCAGAUCAAGGAGAUCAAGGAGGUCAUCGAGCUGCCGAUCAAGCACCCCGAGAUAUUCGAGUCCCUCGGUAUCGCCCAGCCGAAGGGGGUCCUGCUCUACGGCCCGCCUGGCACAGGAAAGACGCUGCUCGCCCGCGCGGUGGCCCACCACACGAACUGCUGCUUCAUCCGCGUGUCCGGCGGCGAGCUGGUCCAGAAGUACAUCGGCGAGGGCAGCCGGAUGGUCCGCGAGCUCUUCGUCAUGGCCCGCGAGCACGCUCCCUCGAUCAUCUUCAUGGACGAGAUCGACUCCAUCGGCUCCGCCCGCGUUGACGGCGAGCAGGGAGGCGACUCCGAGGUUCAGCGCACGAUGCUCGAGCUGCUGAACCAGCUGGACGGCUUCGAGGCCACGCAGACCAUCAAGGUGAUCAUGGCUACGAACCGCAUCGACAUCCUCGACGAGGCCCUCCUGCGACCCGGCCGCAUCGACCGCAAGGUCGAGUUCCCGAAUCCCAACGAGGACGCCCGCAUGGAGAUCGUUAAGAUCCACUCGCGCAAGAUGAACCUCAUGCGUGGCAUCAACCUUCGGAAGAUAGCUCAACAAAUGAACGGCGCUAGCGGCGCUGAGAGCAAGGCAGUCUGCACAGAGGCAGGUAUGUUCGCUCUGCGCGAGCGCCGGCAGCAUGUCACCGAAGACGACUUCCAGAUGGCCGUUUCCAAGGUGAUGAAGAAGGACUCUGACAAGAACAUGAGCUUGCAGCAGCUGAUGAGGUAG